AUGCUCGUUUCCACUCCAGUUCCACCUGGUGACAUCCAUUCGCCUCCCGAGUGCGCCAGUCCCUUCCUCAGCACUCAGAGCGCCGAGGGGAGCGCGGCGCUCCAGCCGCUCACUCCCGCCGUGAAACUCGGCACCGCCCGGCCUGCCACUUUCACCCCGCUUCUCCCAAUAAAGCUUCACCUACGUCCUCUCAUUAACCGCGGAGCUCUCAGGCCGCCAGGGCCCGGCUCUACCCCACCGAAGCCAAAGCAGGCAGGUUCCCCGUCCCCGCAGGUUCCCUGUCCCCGCAGCUCCGCACCCACGCUCCCGCAGCCCAGCACUGAGCGGGGCAGCUCCCCCACACGCCAGCUCACCGCACACCGACCCCAGCCCCCGGAGCACGCUGCGGGCCGGCAGCACCCUCCCCUUUAG